AUGUCAAUGCCAAUAGUAUCUCUUAUCUCUCUACAAGACAGCUCAGAAUGUGCUUCAAAUCUCCUAGAAGCUGCCCGGACAUUAGGUUUCGUCUACAUCACUUCCGAGGGUAGUAAUAUCUCAACAGAAAAGAUAGAUCGCAUGUUCCAGUUGUCCAAGAAAUUCUUUUCGUCUCCUAGAGAAGAGAAAGAGAAGUGUCGAAUAUCAGCAGAUAACAAGGGAUGGUCCUCGAUGCACUCGGAGACUCUUGAUCCUCAGAAUCAACGAAGAGGGGAUUUUAAAGAAGCAUUCAACUUUGGCGAGUUUAAGGACGGCAAAGCUCAGCAACCUAUGCCCGUGGCUCUAAGUGAGCACGAAGCCGAACUCAGCGAAUUCGCAGACCUAUGCCAUAGCCUUUGUUUAAAGCUUCUCCGCCUCUUUGCUAUUGCUCUAAAGAUCGAUCAUUCAGAAGGGGGAGAGGACUGGUUCACAUCCCGUCACUCGGACAACGGUCCAUCUGGCUCCAUUCUUCGUCUCCUACAUUACCCUUCCCUCCCUGCUGAUUCCGACUACUCUCCCACACUCGAUAUUCGUGCAGGUGCACACAGCGACUAUGGCUCUGUCACACUAUUAUUCCAGCGUGCUGGUGAACCUGGACUUGAAAUCCACCAUCCUGUCACCAAAACCUGGAGUCCCGUACCCGUAUUAAAAGAUGCUAUAUUGGUGAAUAUCGGUGAUUUACUAUCGUAUUGGACAGCGGGAUUACUACGAUCCACAAUUCAUAGAGUCACAUUUCCUAAAACCCCGGGAGUGGCCCCAAAUGAUAGAUAUAGCAUUGUGUAUUUCUGUCAUCCGGAAAACAGCACGUUAUUAACUCCGAUACCAAGUGAGGUUGUAAAGGGAAGAGGGGACAGGGGGGCGAAUGAUAUAGAAAAGACAUUGACGGCAGAUGAUCAUUUGCGGGGAAGGUUAAAGGCUACCUAUGGGUGGAAAUAA